AUGUACCAAAAAAUUUUCACAUGCAAUCUAAAACUAUGCUCUCGUGAUGACAAAGCUCUCGUGGAUUCCACAAGAUAUGUUCCAGACGUGAUUUCGAUAGGUGAAGAGCCAGGAAGAACCGGGGAAAAUUCCACAAUAUACCUCCGAUACGAAUCUCUGAUUUUAACUGUAACUGAAAGAAAUGGAAUCACAAAGGUCUCCACCAACUCCUCUAUUGAAUACAACACCAUAAAAAGCCGUUAUGAUGUAGCAAGACUUUGGGUGGAGAAAAUCAAAAACAGAGGAAAAAUUGUAGCGAAUCGAAUCAAAAUAUUAAAUUUUUCAAUGACUCCGCCGGACGACUGGAUUCUGAAAUGUGAUCACCUAGAAAUUCGGAUGGUUCCAUCUCAAAAUUUGUCCUCGUGGCUUCAGAAAACCAUUCCAAAACUUAAGACUUUAGAUGUCCAAAUGUGGAAAAUCGAUAAGAUAUUUGGAAUGGAUCAAGUGAAAAACACAAGUGAAAUGUUGAAAUUAUCCAGAAAUGUAUCCAUAACAGAUGGGGAGUUGGAGACGAUUCUGGCUCCGAGUAUAGCUAUAGUUUCUGAUGGAAAAAUAACUGGAAAUGGGGCAAAGAAAGCAUUCAGAAAAUAUGUUGAAAAUUCGCGCCCCGGCGACAGAUUCGAACUGAGAUUACCUAUUUUCUCGAAUUUCGACCAUAGAGAUUUAUUUGACAAUAAGUGGAUCAGAGAGGAAGUUCUUACAGAGGAUGUGACUAUGGGAGAGUACAUGUAA